CAAGCCUGGUCAGUCUGCUGAAUCAAAACAAUGGCCGACUGACAAGCUAGUAUUUUACCUAUUGUGAUCUUUUUUAAUUAACUAACAACAUUUAACAAUUAACACUCUCUGGCUCCGUUUAAGAAACUCUUACUGGGAUGGAUAGAUGAUUUAAUAAGUGUAUUUUGAAAGAAAAAAACAGCUACCAAGUUCCGCUGUUCGCUGGCAAAAUGAGCGAUGUUGUGGAGAAGACCCUGACAGCUCUGCCGAGCCUCCUGUCUUUAGACUCUCAGCCUGGAUCUACAAAACUGUCCUCCACCUCAAAACUAGGAACCCUCAUCAGAGGAAUCACUGAGUUAACGUCCAAACAUGAGGAGGAAAAACUUAUUCAACGUGAACUAACAUCUAUCAAAGAACAGGUGUCCUCCCCCAACACCUCCAUGAGGCAGAUGAAGGAGCUCAUGGUGAGAGCAAUCUACUGUGAAAUGCUCGGUUAUGAGGCUGCGUUCAGCUAUAUUCAUGCCAUCAAACUGGCUCAACAAGGCACUGCUCUGGAAAAAAGAGUUGGUUACCUUGCUGUGUCUUUGUUUCUUAACGAAAGUCACGAGCUGCUUCUUCUCCUUGUGAACACUGUUUUAAAGGAUCUUCAGAGCACAAACCUUAUUGAAGUCUGCAUGGCUCUAACUGUUGUCAGCCAGAUAUUCCCCAAAGAUAUGAUUCCUGCGAUCCUUCCUCUGGUCGAAGAGAAACUUAAUCACCCAAAAGAAAUCAUUCGCCGAAAAGCAGUCUUGGCACUGUAUAAAUUCUACCUAAUAGCACCGAAUCAAGUUCAACACAUCCACAACAAGUUUCGUAAAGCUCUGUGUGACAAGGAUCCUGGUGUCAUGACAGCUUCACUACACAUCUACUUACAGAUGAUCCAGGAGAAUCCAGAAGGUUAUAAGGACCUGACAGCAAGUUUUGUCACCAUAAUGAAGCAAGUGGUGGGAGGAAAACUGCCCAUGGAUUUUAACUAUCAUAGUGUCCCUGCUCCAUGGCUGCAAAUUCAGCUUCUCAGAAUAUUGUCCUUACUUGGGAAAAAUGACCAGAGUACAAGUGAGAUCAUGUAUGAGGUCCUCGACGAGUCUUUACGAAGAGCAGAGAUGAAUCAUAACAUCACCUACGCAAUAUUAUACGAGUGUGUAAAAUGUAUUUACACAAUUCAUCCCAAAUCUGAACUUUUGGAAAAAGCUGCAAAGUGCAUUGGCAAUUUUGUUCUGUCACCAAAGAUUAAUCUCAAAUAUCUCGGCUUGAAGGCCCUCACCUAUGUGGUCCAGCAGGACCCUAAACUGGCCCUGCAGCAUCAGAUGACCAUCAUAGAGUGUCUCGAUCAUCCCGACCUCAUCAUCAAGCGUGAGACACUGGAGUUGCUCUUUCGGAUCACCAACGCCCAGAAUGUCACAGUCAUCGUUGAGAAGAUGCUGGAGUUUCUGCGAAUUAAUAAAGAUGACUACACUACCAUUGACCUGGUGGGGAAGGUGGCAGAACUGGCAGAGAAAUAUGCACCAGACAAUGAAUGGUUCAUUGAGACCAUGAACACAGUGUUUUCACUGGGUGGAGACAUGAUGCAGCCAGACAUCCCAAACAGUUUCCUUAAACUGCUGUCUGAGGGAUUUGACAGCGUGGAGGAAGACAGGAAGUUGAGGCUGUUUGCUGUGGAUUCAUAUGUUUCUCUGCUGCAAGGAGAGCCUGGCAAACUGCCACAGCGCUUCCUCCAAGUCAUCAGCUGGGUCCUCGGUGAAUACUCCUAUUUGAGGAAGGAACUUGAAGCGGCCACAGUCCUGAAGCUGCUGGCCAAACUGCUGGACAUGAAGAACACCAGCAGUGAAACCAAGAGCUGGGUCCUCAUGGCAAUGACCAAGCUCUGUGAGGGCAGGACAGGUCUUUCUGUGGCCCAGGAGGUUUCUGAAACAUAUAGCAGCUCCCUGGACACAGUACUGAGACAGAGGGCUCAGGAGCUGCAGCACCUUAGCCAAGACUGGGAACUACAAGCCAGGGUGCUACCUCGAGACACCGGCCAUGAACCUCUGGAGGUAGAUUCCUCUCUAUCAUUUCUGGAUGGAUUCGUGUCGGAGGCGCUGGCUGCUGGCGCUGCUCCAUACAAGCCUCAACAUCAACGGCAGGAGGAACUAGCUCAGGCAAAAGCGUUGAGCCUGGAUCCAUACGGCCUGUCCCUGCCCAUCAGCAUGUCCUCCUGCAGCAUCGCAGACAGACAGUCUCCUACACUGUUAUCCAUAAGCUCUGGUCUGUCAGGCGAUAGCACCGAACUCUCACACAAAGGAGGCUCUACAAGUCUGAAGCUGGAUGGUGUAAAGAGGGUGUGGGGCAGGGAGGGCUACCUGGCACAGAGGGAACCUGUGGAGGAGUGUGCCCAUGUUGAGGUUCCCAGUCCCCUCCGUUCACCCAACCACCAUGGAGAGGCUGACGGUUCACCCAGUCAGACUCCCACUCCCACUCCGACACCGACCCCCGAGCCCGAACUGGAGAAACGGCAGCUGGCCUCUUCACUGUUUGUCGGCCUGAGCUCCCAAAGCUCUCUGUGUCUGAUGGGGAAAUCUGAGCCGACACCCCAGCGAUUUAGAAGAAAAGCAAAAGGUCCGGUCUCGUCCUCGGUUGCCAGCGAGCAAAUAUCCAACUCCCUCGUCUCUACUCCGAGCACAGUGGAUAACUUGCUGUGUAACAACCUCCUGGACACCAACAUCACCUCAGAGCUGGAUGUUUCUUCACUCCAACAGACAUCCCAACUCACUCAUGGCCUCACUGCUGCAAAUGGCCACUGUGAUGUAGAGUUAACUGACAGUGACAUAAAGGGAAGUAGCCCCUCUCUCAUUGGGGAUAACGGGCUGGUAGCUGCUGAUCCGGGUUUACAUGAGGACCCAGAUGGACCUAAAGACUUGUGUCUCAGUUCUCAUCUUCCUGCAGAGCUCUCUGGACUCUCUCACUCCGAAAUCACUCCUCUGUGCUCCAAACAAAGCCUGGAUCUCUCGGCCUGUCAUGUGCAUAAAGAUGAUUUCUUAGUACUAGUUGUUUUCAUUUACAACUCCUCUGACUCUGACAUUCAACAGAUAAUAUUAGAGCUUGACUCAGAUGAACUUGAGGUAUCCUGUGUGUGUGACAGUCGAGUGCAGGAGGCGAGAAGCCACAGUGUAGCAGUGUGUCAGUAUUUCCUGACCGUGAAGAGACCUUCAGUCCAUGUUGAAGUGGUUGGGAUCGUAUCUUACCAGUUUCCUGUUGGGACGCCUCAGUCGGUGCAGUUCUCAUACAAACUGCCUCUAACCAGCUUCAUCAGACCUUUGACUCUGACCACGGAGGAAUACGGGACAAUGUGGCUGGACUUUUCUCACGAUACAAAGCAGAACCUGACACUGAUAAGUGACGGCCAAGAACCUCUCGCAGCCACUCUGAAUAUGCUGGAGAAGAAACUUCAACUUCAUGUUGUGGAAGUCAUAGGUAUGGAAGGUAUUGUAGCCUGCCGGCUCCUCCCGGAUCAGCCGUGUCUGAUGCACUGUCGUCUGCAUGCAGGAACUCUGGCCGUGUGGCUGCGCUCUCCAGUCCCCGACCUGCCCGACUGCCUGAUGUACCACUGUCAGAGAGCUUUACAGGAGCACUGAGACCCCAUUGACACCACUAAGCAACAUGAGCACCGGACCCUCAACCACUGAAGAGGAAGGUACACAGAGCAGUAGUGCAGAACAUCUGGUGUUGUGCAUUCUCAUUUUUAUAUUACAGUGUUUACCAUUUGUUUAUCUCUUCCACUAUAAGUGACAACGACUUUAUUUUUUUUUGUCCAUGUAUCCUUUCUUUUUAACAGUUAAGUUGGUGGAAUAUUUUACAGGAUUGUUUAAAGUCAUGGCUGGUAAUAACCUCAGGGCCAAAAGACGGUGUUUUUAACCUUCUGUGGGUGUUUGAUGUUUCAGAAUAACAAUAAUGUCUUAAAAUGAUGACAGGACUUCAUGAUGACUUUAAAACUGUAAUGCUUGAAACAGCAUUACAGUUAGUGAGUGAAAUGAAUAUUGAAUAUGAUAUUCUCAGUAUGAAGGGAAAAUCAUGAAUUGACUUACUUGGUUACUUCUUGCACCCCUUGUCUGCAUGCUGAAUAUCAAUAGAGGUCAUGUCCUGCUUUCUAAUUUCAGCUACACUUUCUAGGCUACAAGAAUCAUGACAGUGAAGCCCAUUUGUAUUUUAAUCAGACAAAUACAUAUAUUAAUUUUGUUCUUUUCAAGUUUAUCAAUACUAAUUGAAGCAAUGCUGAGUGAAAUGGAAAUAAUAACUCAAAUCCUUGCAUUGGAUUGGUUGAUGUUAUUUAUUAGGUGUCUUUGGGAGAAGCACAGGGAAGAUAUUGAUAUCUUUUAGGAGUACCAAACCGAACAAACCAUUUCAGGAGAAUUUAAACUACUCCCAGAGAGCUGCUUUUUAAGAAGAACCUGCUCGUCUUUACUGCUGAAGUUUCAACACAGAGAAAAGAUCUCUACAUGUUUGUCUUUAGGAUUACAUUAUGCUGACACUAACCUCCAGCUGCAGAAGUUACACAUAUUUCUUACAUCUAUGAUGAGAGUAUUUUGUCUCAAAUAUAUCAAUGACAGGAAGAUGUCCUUAUUGUCCAUUUGUCAUUAUAAUGAGGAGCAUUUCAGUUUCCCCUGGUGUUUCACAGGCGCUGCCUUCUAUGCACUCAUGUUUCUGUCGGUGAGAGGUGGGUUUUUUGAUUAUUAUAUUUUUGUAUCAAUGCAGUAUUAAAAACAUAUUUAUUGGAUUUAUAUUCUUACAGAAAAUAUUUUAUAUUAAUUUCUCUGAAAGAAAGAAAAUCAUCGUGCUCCAUGUACUGUUUGAUCGCACUGUGCCAGAUCUGACUUGUCUCAGCCUGUUUUAUUUAAUUCAACCUGAAGGGAAAGUUUACCUUUGUUCUUUGUUGCCUGUGUCCUGAUUAGAGCACAGCGUGAUGCUAACAAUGUGUCUAAAACUCAGUUUUAACCCAACGCCUUAUGUUCUAACGCCAAAGUGGCGUAUUUGAUUUGUGCCUGUGGUACAGAGAAAAUCAUUGUUUAUUAGAGUGCCUGUCAUUACAUUCUGCUAACUUAUGAAUAAAUCCAACACAUGUAAAUGAACUUGA